GAUUCGUAAAAUACUUUUGUCUGCAUAACCAUGUUUUGCCAUUUAUCACCAUCACAGGAUGUGCAGACAUAAAAGUCAUCGAGGCAAGAAAACCAGCCGAUCAGUGCGAGUAGGGUCUCUCUUCGAGAGAUCAAAACUCAGCUUGUCAUCUUGGCUAAUAUUCAUUUACAGGUUCGCUCAGGGAUUGCGGAUCAGACAAAUUGAUAUGAUGCAAGAUGGCAUUGCAAAAAGUUCCAGAACACUCUCUAAGAUGGCUCGUAUCAUGAGGAAAGUUUGCCACUGUGCCAUAAAACGAUUCAGACGAAAACAUGGACAGAUGAUUGGAAGUGCUCGAGAAUUUGCCGUUCUUGAUGAAAGUAACUUCCGUCAUAAACGAAAGUAUGGACGAGGGAGAGCAUCAACAACAUGGAGGCGAAAAAAAUGGGUGUUUGGCAUGCUAGGUGUGCGGGGUAAAUGCAGACACCCAAUCUUGCAGCUUGUGAAAAGAAGAUCAAGACCUCACCUCAUCCCCAUAGUUGUAAAACAUGUGCGUCCAGGCACUACCAUUAUUUCAGAUGAGUGGAGAGCCUACCGAGGGGCUUUGGCCAAUAUGGGCUACAAACAUUUUACAGUCAACCAUUCUCAGUGGUUUGUAGACCCACACAGUGGAGCUCACUCACAACACAUAGAAAGAGCUUGGCUGACAUACAAAACCAGUGUAUGGAGACUAAGAGGGAAUAGAACAGAGAACAUGCUAAAAGAACACCUCUCUCUCAUAGAGUGGACUCAUUGGCUUGGUGAAAAAAAUAAACGAGGACCACUUGGGCGCCUAAUAAAAGACAUUCACCAUCAAUUUCCUGUUUAGAGGACAACACACUGAACAUUUGAUUGUGUUUUAUGUAAGAUUUAAGUAAAAUACAAGUUAACUUGUCCCUUUGGUUUAAGGUGCACUGAUGUUUAAAAGCUUUGUUAAAUAAAAGGUGUGUUUUUACCUUUUUAAUUUCUGUGCUUUUUUAAGUGCUGGUCAAUAUGUAUCUUGAAGUAAUCAUCUUGGAUAUACUGAUGCAAAAUAAGAAUCACCUUGGUGGAUGUUAAUUGAGAUUAUUUAGAUAAUGACUUCACAUGACUACACAUUACUAAAUCAUUAACAGCUCAUAGACUAACAUGAAUUCAUGACCUGUUGAUGUAUCAUUAUGUCAUGACUUUACUUGGGGGGGCACAUUAUUACUAACUCAUCAUUAAUUACUUAUAAAGCAUCAUGAAUUCAUGUCUUGUUGAUGUAUCAUUAUGUCAUGACUUUACUUGGGGGGGCACAUUAUU